AAAUCACAAUUAAUUCGAGCAGCACGUCUCUGUUCUAAUGUAGAAGAUUUUGAUCAAGAACGACUAAAUAUUGAAUUUACUUUGCUCUUAAAUGGCUAUCCACCAAACUUUAUUUCCUAUCAUUUUAAACAAUUUUUUCAAAAAAACAAUGUUAUGUCCUUAAUGGAACAAUUGGAUGGAGGUGUAUAUAGAGAAUUACAUCGAGAAUUAUUAAUGCAACCAACACGCCGAGAAAAACAAAAGCAGAAUAUAGCCUUAAAUAAUAAUCAACCGCAGAAUACUAAUCCAAGAGACAUUCGUGUCUAUUUUACUUUCGAUAGUGGUCCAAUGUUAAAAUUUCCACAAGAAUUGAAAAAACUAUGGAAAAAGCAUUAUAUCGAUAAUAAUUCAACAAUGAAAAGUGUUCAUUUGAAAAUUGGCAAAAGAAGUAAUAAAAAUCUAAACCAAUUACUUGUCAAGAAGAAACCACCAAAAACAAUGUUAAUGCCUUUAAAUACUGUGACUAUGUAG